UGCUUUGGGGGGUUGUUGUGUUUACUUGUGAGAGUGUUUUUGGUGUAGGUCGGUCCCCGGCGGGUUGUGACUCCUCUUCAACCUCCUGCCGGUCGGAUACUAGCGGCAGCUGACGGUGACAGCAGGGUGUUGUUAGCUGCUCGGCGAUAAGAGAUAAACCGAAGGAGGACGGCUGUCACUGCCAGAUAAAACAUACAAUAACGGUCAAAACUCGACAAUGUAGUGACAACAAGCUCCACAGCGGCUCUGCGAUGUUCACGGUGCGUUUAUACAAUCAGCUGGGGGACUGAAAUGUUUCUCCGAGUGGACUCAAGAAGAAAAACAUCCACACUUGAACAUCACUGAAUACAUUCGGUAAAAAUCUUUAUUUUUUCUACUUUUUCAACUUUGGUUAAUAUCUCAAACAAUGCGACUUUUAAUGCGCAUGUCACGGUGCACACACGGAGGGCAUUUACACAGACUAAAGCCACAACCUGUGGUGUUAUGGCUGGACCACAGCCGGACCCUCUCUCCCGCCCUCCGGAGGAAAAGACAGCCGACUGGGUUCAGGUGUUCAGCUCCUCUGACACCCGCUUUACGCCUCUCCUCACCCGGGCCCUUCAUGUCCGUCCUGCCCUGCUUCAGCCCUCUCAGAGGUCUCUCUUCAGUCUGCUCCUUACACACCUCCAGCCCCGCAGACAGAGCACGGACAGUCUCACACACACCUGUUGCCUUUAAAAGCUCCUCAGCAGCUUCCACUCCUACUCCAUCCGGAUCAGUGAAGACCCAGACAGACUCAGACAGAGACCGCACGCCGACCACCGUCCCCAUGGAAGAUGUCAAGAGGAUUUUGCAGCUCGCUUACCCAGAGAGAUGGAGACUGGCAGCUGCUCUGGGCUUCCUAACUGUCUCCAGUGCAGUAACCAUGUCAGCUCCAUUUUUCCUGGGUAGAGUUAUUGACACCAUUUACACCACUGGGGCAGACACAGGGACCAUGACAGCCUCCCUAACAUCGCUGUGUAUCAUGCUGUCUGGAGUGUUCCUGUGCGGCGGGGCAGCCAACGCUGCCAGAGUCUACCUCAUGCAAGUCUCAGGCCAGCAGAUUGUUCGUAAUCUCCGUACUUCCGUCUUCUCCUCCAUCCUCAACCAGGAAGUGGCGUUUUUUGACAGGAAUAGGACCGGCGAACUUAUCAACCGGCUCUCUGCUGAUACAGCCGUGGUGGGCCGCUCAGUCACUGACAAUCUGUCAGACGGCCUGAGAGCUGUCGCCCAGGCAGCUGCUGGCGUCAGUAUGAUGUUCUACGUCUCCCCCACUCUAGCAAGCUUCGUGUUGCUAAUUGUGCCUCCUGUAGCUGGUCUUGCUGUAGUCUACGGCAGAUACCUGCGCUCCAUCUCCAAACACACUCAGGAUUCGCUCGCACAAGCCACACAGUUGGCAGAGGAGCGCAUCAGCAACAUGCGGACAGUGCGGGCUUUUGGUAAAGAGCUGUCAGAGGUCAACUCGUACACACAGAAAGCAGAUCAGGUCCUCAGCUUGGCCAGAAAGGAAGCUGUACUACGGGCUGGCUUCUUUGGAGUGACUGGUCUCAGCGGUAACAUCAUGAUCCUGUCAGUGCUUUACAAAGGAGGCCUUCUGAUGGCCAACCAGCACAUGACUGUGGGAGAGCUCUCAUCGUUCCUCAUGUACACCUUCUGGGUUGGCAUCAGUGUCGCAGGUCUGAGUUCAUUCUACUCUGAGCUAAUGAAAGGUUUUGGUGCAGGAACCAGACUAUGGCAGCUGAUAGACAGAAAGCCUGAGUUUCCUCAAAAUGAGGGUCUAAUUCUUCCUUCAGACCAGCUGAAGGGCCAGUUGGAGUUCUGCGAUGUCUCCUUUGCCUACCCGACCCGUAAGGAGGCUCCCAUCUUCCAGAAUCUCAGUCUGCUGGUCCCCUCUGGCACCAUCAUGGCUGUUGUGGGAUCCAGCGGGUCUGGAAAAUCAACUCUGGUGUCACUGCUGCUCAGGCUGUAUGACGCAGAUGCUGGUGUCAUUACUGUAGAUGGCCAUGACAUCAGAGAUCUAAAUCCCUAUUGGCUCAGAAGUCACAUCGGGACUGUCAGCCAAGAGCCGGUUCUGUUCUCUUGCUCUAUUAGAGACAACAUAGCGUAUGGUGCCGUUGAUCAAGACGCUGUGACCACAGAGGACAUUUACAGGGCAGCCAGAGUGGCCAACGCCUACGAUUUCAUCCAGGCUUUUCCUCAGGGCUUUGACACUGUGGUGGGGGAGAAAGGAGUGCUGUUGUCAGGUGGUCAGAAGCAGAGGAUAGCCAUAGCCAGAGCUCUGCUUAAGAAUCCUAAGAUCCUGCUUUUAGAUGAGGCUACAAGCGCGUUGGAUUCUGAGAAUGAGUUUCUAGUCCAGGAGGCCUUGGAGCGCCUGAUGGAAGGGAGGACCGUCUUGAUCAUCGCUCACCGUCUUUCCACCAUCCAAAACGCAAACGCUGUCGCCGUGCUGGAUCAGUGUCGUGUAGCAGAGUGCGGCCAGCACACAGAGCUGCUAGGCAACAGGCAGGGACUGUUCAGAAAACUGAUGGAGAAACAGGCUUUUCUGCAUGAGGAACAGAAACAGGCCCUGCGCUGAGAGGAGACGAGUGGAUAAAAAAAGAUAGAGUGAAUAAGAGGUGAGAUUAAUAGUGAGUUUUUCCCCAGAAGGGGUUGAAAUGCCCCCCAUGCUGAGAGACAGCAGGGGUGGGGAAUAUAGGAUUUUCCUAUUAUGAUAGAUGCAUAAAAGCUGAAGCACUGGAGAGAGGGGAGAUGGGAUUUUCUUAAAUGCUGCAAGUGUCCUUUCACUACUGACAGGACUAUGUAGAAUAACAUUAAGAGGGUUUUUUUAAAAGGACACAGAAAUCUACCGUGAAGUCCUAAAAACUGAAAUGUGCAUCAGUUAGUUUGCUAGAGAUAGUUUGUUUUGAAUAAUAUGUAACUAUACGCUGAGGGAGGAAUUCAGACAGAGACACUCGUCACACUGGAUGCACAUGGCCAACAUGUGACUUAUGUUACUGUCACUGCCACAGUUUUAGGGAAAAGUCCAAAUUAUAUAAAUGUGACAAUAUGAGUCUGGUGCAAAUCAUAAAUCUCUUUCACUCUCUGUCACUGUAGGAUUUUCAUAACUAAACCAAAAACAGUCUGGUGUGGCAUGUUGAGCACUGUUAAAUGUGUAUUUGUGUUUAUGUAUUAGGGUUGGUUUUUUUACUUGAAGCUCACACACAGAGCCUUUUACCGUCAUUUAAGAGUUUAAACAAGCCAAAUGAAGCAACUAAACAUGGUGUUUAUACUGUGGGCCGAACACUAUUCUCACUGUUCUGAUUGGUUGGCUAGUACAAUUAGACUCAGUCGCUCUUCAGUUUUUCUUUUGCUGGAAUUUAACUGACAGUCCUGAAACUGCAUCUCAUAUUCUGGUGAAACAACAGAAAAUGUGCACUGUCACUUAAGUUGUUUGAGGCUCCAUAAGCAGCCUCCUUCCUGGAAGAGGAGGAGGAGGGUACAGAAGAGAUGUCAUUAGAGCAGAGGUGGUGGUCUGUCAUAUGUUUGUCAUGUUCACUCCUCUUGUCCAAAAUCAAAAUUCUUUAAUCAUUUUAUCUUCUGUCCGAAAAGUUGACCAGCACAAAUCUGAAUGUAAUUUCAGUCAGCUUUCCUGUACGGUGUUUGGCACUGACUGAGACUGUGAUAUAACUGCACCUCCAUGCUGGUGUUUACAGGAUGUGUACCUAGCCAGCAUUAAAUUCCAUAUAAACAGCUCUGAAAUUUCGUAGAUGUUAGCCACAGUGCUGUUGAGCCAGGUAAACAUUUUAACUGGCUUCAAGAGACAGACUAAGAAGUCAAGAUUCAACUCCGUAAAUAUUUAGCUUGUAAAUGCCCACUUCACCUCUCAGGUGGAGUGUAGACAGGAGGUUUUUUUCUUGUUUAGCAAACAUGUAAAUGCUCUUAAUCUGAAUUUCCCACAGCCGCUAAAUAUUGGGUUGUUUCUUGCACUGCAACUGGAAAUUUAGCCACAUGUUGAUGCUGAGGUUUUUUUCUAUGAACCAAAAAUUAAAAGAAUUCAAGGACAAACUUUUUUGGUCAUUGAGGCUGAGAUUUUUAUGACGCAGCUUGACACAGUUUUGAGACUGCAUUUAACAAAUGAUGGACUUUUCAACUUUUCUGAUCCUCUUCUGAGUGAAGUCAAUGUGUCAGAAUAGUUUGUUUCUGAAGGCUCAUUACUCAUAUUUAGAUGGUAUGGCACAUCAAUCAACUCAAAUGCUUGCAGAAAUAUUAUACCAUAAAAUCAGAUAAACAUCAUAUAUUCAACAGUAUUUUCCCAUAACAUUUAUCUUCAACCAUGUGAUUAAGGGGAUCAAGCUGCAAACUUGCAGGGUUAUACUAAGGGUGACAUUUAUGUGUUGUAUUUAUAAACUUGAAUCAUCAUGACUGUCAGUUUUCAUCAACUAUUUGAAGGCAGUUAUACAUGGAAAACUCUCAAAACAGUGUUGAUAGGAUUUUAACAAGGGACAAGUGUCAAGAUUAAUCAAUACAGCACCAAUCAUCCUUAAUUGACUAAUGCUGUAGAAUCAUUAUGGUGUCUGUAUACCAUAGUCAUCACUCUGGUUGUGUAUACAGUAAAUAUAUAUUUAUGUAUUACAGUGUAUAGACUAUAUGUCAGCAGAAUUAAUCCUCUGCGCUCUCUAUCAGUUAAUAUGUUACAAGAUUAUUUACAAGAUGAUUUAUUAUUGAGAGUUUGCCCUUUUUUCAGUUUUCUAUAUUUCUUGUUAUUUCACCUAAAGGGCAACUAGUUUUUUUUACUUGAAUCACAAAAGAUUUUUAUGGAUUUUUCCAGACAUGUUGUGUGUUGAGUUUCCUCCCCAAAGAAAUUGGUAAUUUUACCAAACAAUGUCCAUAAAAAUGUGUCUGUAAAGAUGAAUCUGCGCCCUCGACUCACCUCUCACUCCAGACUAAAGUUAACUCUGAAGGUGUUUGAAAGCUCGUCAGAUGAUGAUGAAUCUGUGUCAGACUGUUUUGUCUGUUUUUUUUAAGUGUAUGUUAUGAGUCCUAAAUAAUAUAUAAUACUAAAAUCAUGUAUAAUAGAUUUUUAACCAUAUUUUUGUUUGCUAAA